CUCCAACACCCACACCAGGCACCCAUCCAUACUGAGAUCCACUCUACUGUUCUUUUCAGCCAUCUCUCACUGUUCUCUCUAUCUAUAGAUACUUUCUAUUCAUCGAGAUACACACUCUCUAUCGAAGCACACACUCUCUAUCAAAACCCACACUCUCUAUCGAGACACACACUCUCCAUCAAAACCCACAUUCUUCAUCAAAACCCACACACUCUCUAUCAAAACACACACUCUCUCCAUCAAAUUCAUCCUUUCUCUCUUUUCCUUCCAUCCAGAGACCUCAGCAACCUCAGCAACCUCACCAACCAUCCCAUCUCCGACCCCCCAAGCCAAAAUGACCAAACCCCACCCAACCCUCACCGAACAGCUCCAAACCACCUACGACGCCCUCCUCCGGAUCCUCUACACCCACACCGACGCGCAGGGCAUCUCGCACCGUCCCUACGGCCUCGAUUGGAUCGACUUCGAGCGCCUGAUGUACCGACUGCUGCUCCUGCAGGGGGUGGCGCGGCCCGGCGACCGCAUCGCCCACGACCCGUGGGUGCUGUUCCUGGACCGGUAUGCGCCGCGCUCGGUGCGCCGCUCCCCGAGCGAGGCCGGCCGCGUGGAGGUGGCGUUCUUCCCCAGCUCGAUUCUGCAGUCGCCUUCCUCCGGCUCUCCUCCCCGCUUGGUUUCUGGGGGUGUUGAGCAGGGUCGUCGCGGCGUCAAUGGCUACGCCAACGGCAGUACUGGCAGCAACGGCUACGCCAACGGCAACGGCUAUACCGGCAGUAACGGCUACGCUAGCAGCAACGGCAAUGCCCCCAUCAACGGUGACAGCGCUGGACCUCGUCCUCGGGUGGACUCCAACGGCCACGUGCAUUUCGAUCAUACGGCUGUGCAGCGGGACCCGAGUCAGAGACGGUCGCCUUCUAUCCCUAGGUACUUUCAAUGACUCUGCCUUCUGGGGGGUGGGUAAGUUUGAGACCUUUCAGGCAUAACAAUGAGAGUGUUGAUGAGUGUGCAGAUAUCGAUCAAACAGAAUUCAAGUUCACGCACACUUUACCCUGUCAAUAUCUGUGUGUUCGUGACUGAUGAAGCCAUCUUCUUUCAUUUCUUCUGGAAGAGAAAGCACGAUAUGCGUG